CUCUAUUGAUUAUAUCAAAGGAGUUUCUAUAGUUUCUGCUCUAAUUCAUUAUUACCCUUUCUAGUCUCUACAUUACAUCUUUGGUGCAACCAACAUAAUUAAAGGCCACAAAAAAUGAAGUUUGGGAAAGAAUACACAUCCCAAAUGGUGCCAGAAUGGCAAGAAGCAUACAUGGAUUACAAUUUUCUAAAAUCCCUUUUGAAAGAAAUCCAACGCUUCAAGCUUAGGAACAAGCCUUCUCUCACCCCAAGUGGCCUAAGAAGAAAGCUAACACUAUAUAGAGCCUUCAGUGGCCUCACACAAACACACUACACUGUUUCUCACAGUCCCUCUCAUCAGGAGCAAGAUAUUGAGAGCCAACCCAUCAUAGUGAACCGUGACGGCUCUGAAAAUAAGUAUGAAACUACGUUCCUUAUGACCUCAGAAGAAGGUGGAGAAUACGAGUUGGUGUACUUCAAGAGGCUCGAUGAUGAAUUCAACAAAGUGGACAAGUUUUACAAGUCAAAAGUGGAGGAAGUGAUGAAGGAAGCUGCAAUGCUCAACAAGCAAAUGGAUGCUUUGAUAGCUUUCAGGAUCAAGGUUGAGAAGCCAAGUUUGUUGUUAUUUGAUCAUUCUGUGGAGAUGACUCGUCUUGCUUCUGAUGUUGCUUCUUCAUCUGCAGUGUUGGCAGUUUCCACACCCAAAGGGGCCAAAUUGAACAGAAAUGUUUCCAUGGCCAUGGAAAUGAUCGAAGAGAGCAACAGUCAUAAUGAACAAUCAGAUAAUCAAGAACAUGUAAAACCAAAAGUUGAGGCAGAGAAGCCAAAGAAUACCAGGGUGACUAGACCAGCCCCUUUGGAAAUACUUGAUCGAGUGCAUUUCAACCACAACUAUGAAACUCCACGUUCAACUAUAAAAGGUGUUCUCAAUUUCCAUAGCAAUACAGAACUAGUUAAUUUCAGCAGAAAAAAUCUGAACAAAGUUGAGGAACAACUUAAAAGGACAUUCAUUGAAUUCUACCGCAAGCUUAGGCUUCUAAAAAGCUAUAGCUUUCUAAAUAUCUUGGCUUUUUCAAAGAUAAUGAAGAAAUAUGAUAAGAUCACAUCAAGAGAUGGAGCAAAAGCUUAUAUGGAAAUGGUGGACAACUCCUACCUUGGAAGCUCUGAUGUGGUGACAAAACUUAUGGAUAGGGUUGAAAAAACAUUCACUAAGCACUUUUACAACUCGAAUCGUAAUAAAGCCAUGCGUAUCUUAAGACCAAACACAAAGAGAGAAAGACAUAGAGUUACAUUUUCAAUGGGUUUCUUCGCCGGAUGCACAACAGCUCUAGUGUUAGCCCUUAUUCUAAUCAUUCGUACUCGUAACAUAUUCGACAACUCAGAAACUACCAAGUACAUGGAAACCUUGUUCCCACUGCACAGUCUGUAUGGAUUCAUAGUUCUACACUUGUUGAUGUAUGCUGCAAAUGUAUACUUCUGGAGGCAAUAUAGAGUGAAUCACUCAUUCAUAUUUGGUUUUAAGAGAGGCACUGGCUUGGGAUACAAUGAAGUCCUUCUUCUCGGUUUUGGCCUAGCAGUUUUCGCACUCGGCAGUGUGCUUGCAAACCUAGACAUGCAGAUAGAUCCAGAGACAAAAGAUUACAAAACAUUGACAGAACUUAUUCCACUCAUUUUGCUUCUUGUUGUGAUUGCUAUUUUAUUGUGCCCCUUAAACAUCAUAUAUCGGUCAAGCAGGGUUUUCUUCCUCAUAUGCUUGUUUCACUGCAUAUGUGCUCCUCUUUACAAGGUCUCAUUCCCGGAUUUCUUCUUGGCAGAUCAAUUUACUAGUCAGGUGCAAGCCUUGAGAAGUUUUGAGUUCUACAUUUGUUACUACUGCGGGGGGGAUUUCAAACAAAGAGAAAACACUUGCAACUCUAACAGUGUAUUCAUAACUUUUUCAUUCAUCGUUGCUGUUAUUCCCUACUGGUGUCGUUUCCUCCAGUGUCUUAGGCGUCUGUUCGAAGAGAAAGAUCCAAUGCAAGGAUAUAACGGAUUGAAAUAUUUCCUCACAAUUAUUGCUGUUUGCCUAAGGACAGCCUAUAGUCUUAACAAUUCAAUGGUGUGGAUGGUGCUGGCAAUGAUUUUCUCAAUAUUUGCAGCAGUUGCUUCUACAUAUUGGGACCUUGUAAUUGACUGGGGCCUUUUGCAAGGGCAUUCCAAGAAUCGUUGGUUGAGAGACAAACUUGCAAUCCCUCAUAAAAGUGUAUAUUUUAUAGCAAUGGUCCUUAAUGUCUUGCUGAGAUUUGCCUGGUUGCAGACAGUUUUGAAUUUUAAGUUUACCUUCUUUCACAAACAAGCCAUGAGUAGCAUCGUUGCGUGUCUAGAGAUCAUUCGUCGUGGCAUAUGGAACUUCUUGAGAGUGGAGAAUGAGCACUUGACUAAUGUUGGCAAGUUCCGUGCAUUCAAGUCCGUGCCUCUCCCUUUCAAUUACGAUGAAGAUGAAGAUAAAGAUGAUUGACGUGAUACUAGGCUUGAUCUAACAACAUAGCUAGAACAUGGAUUUAUAGUUUGGUUUCCUCUUUACUUUUUUUUUAGUACACUUUGUUUAUUCUUUUCUUCUUUCUUUCAUAUGUUGAGAAUUCAAGAGUAAAUAACUUCUUUAAUUUUUAUCUUAACAAGUGCAUUUCAUUAGAGCCUGAAAAGUGAAAAUAAAGGCAGUGUG